UUUUGCCGUCUUAAUACUGCAUGUACGAAAAUACUCUUUUUGACGUUUAUAUCCAGUUGUGGAGUAAUAUUUAAUUGAAAACAAAGCAGCUGUUAUCGAAAAAGGGGGAACAAAAUUAGCUGUUGUUUCUCACGCCCAUGUCAGACAGGCUUGAGGCGCCCGACGCGUGUUGGGUGGCAGCUGUAGGACCCCGCCUGGUUGGAGACGGAGAGAAAGAGAGAAAGGCAGAAACCGGUACAGCGCCUGUCUGUUACCGUUUAUUUUUUUUAUUAUCAUCACCACCAUCAGUAUCCCGGUGGUUUACAACAAAGGGAACGGUUGGGAGUGACCGAGAACGCCUGUGUGGAUAUUCAUCUGUUCAUUUCUAGUGCUGUGUUGAAACCGAAGGUUUUUGUGUUUUGUUUUUAUUAACUUACAUUUAUUUUGGGGACUAUCGCGGCGAUUCAUGAUGAAUACCCUAGAUUCAGUGGAUCGGGUCGAGUUGUGCGAUAGUCUGAUGACAUGGAUACAAACCUUUGGUGUUGAAACAUCAUGUAAAAAAAUAGAUGAUCUCACGAAUGGGGUUGUGAUGGCUCAAGUUCUUCAAAAAAUAGAUCCUGCAUACUUUGAUGAAAACUGGAUAAACAGGAUCAAAACAGAGGUUGGAGAUAAUUGGAGAUUAAAGAUCAGCAACUUGAAGAAAAUUUUAAAAGGCAUUCUUGACUACAAUCAUGAGAUUUUGGGGCAGCAGAUUAAUGACUUCAUACUCCCGGACGUUAACCUGGUAGGAGAGCACUCUGAUGCUGCUGAGCUCGGAAGAAUGCUGCAGCUCAUUUUGGGCUGUGCUGUUAACUGCGAGCAGAAACAAGAGUAUAUCCAGACAAUUAUGAUGAUGGAGGAGUCUGUUCAACAUGUUGUCAUGACAGCAAUUCAAGAGCUGAUGAGCAAAGAAACUCCAGUGGCGGCAGGGAAUUACGCUUAUGUUGACCUUGAUAAACAGCUUAAGAAAACCGUAGAGGAAUUGAAUGACGCAUUGGCAACAAAAGAAGAAAUCGCACAAAGGUGUCAUGAGCUGGAUAUGCAGGCAUACCUUGUUCAAGAGGAGCGAGGUAGACUGAGAUUAGAGUGUAUUGAACUAGACGAAAGGGUUGCAGCUCUGCAGGAGGAGAAAGGCAGCUUGCUGGCAGAAAACCAGAUCCUUAUGGAACGACUCAACCAGUCAGACUCCAUCGAAGACCCCAACAGCCCUGCUGGGAGGAGACACCUGCAGCUGCAGUCCCAGUUAGAUCAGCUCCAGGAAGAAACGUUUAGAUUAGAAGCCGCUAAAGAUGAUUACAGGAUACGGUGCGAGGAGCUGGAGAAAGAAAUCGGGGAGCUGCGAGGACAAAAUGAGGAGCUGACAUCGCUGGCAGAUGAAGCCCAGUCUCUGAAGGAUGAGAUGGAUGUCCUUAGGCAUUCUUCAGAUAAGGUGGCCAAACUGGAGGGCAUGGUGGAUUCCUACAAAAAGAAGCUGGAGGAUCUGGGAGACCUGAGGAGACAGGUGAAGCUGCUGGAGGAGAAGAAUACUCUGUACAUGCAGAACACAGUCAGCCUGGAGGAGGAGCUGAGGAAAGCUAAUGCAGCACGCGGGCAGCUGGAAACAUACAAGAGACAGGUUGUGGAGCUCCAGAACAGAUUGUCUGAAGAGUCAAAAAAAGCAGACAAGAUGGAAUUUGAAUACAAAAGGUUAAAAGAAAAAGUGGAUUCUCUACAGAAAGAAAAAGAUCGAUUGCGCACAGAGAGAGACUCCCUGAAAGAAACGAUUGAAGAGCUGCGAUGUGUACAAGCACAGGAAGGCCAACUCACGGCAGGUCUCGUUCCACUGGGCAGUCAGGAUUCCACCGACUGUUUGGCUGCAGAAAUUGUUACACCUGAAUACAGAGAGAGGCUCAUUCGGCUGCAGCAUGAAAACAAGAUACUGAAGCUGAAUCAGGAAGGUUCAGACAAUGAAAAGAUUGCCUUGUUACAGAGCCUAUUGGAGGACGCCAACAGCAGAAAGAAUGAACUGGAGACUGAGAACAGAUUAGUGAACCAGAGACUGUUGGAGGUACAAUCCCAGGUAGAAGAACUUCAGAAAUCAUUACAAGAGCAGGGCUCAAAGGCGGACGACUCAAUAAUUCUAAAGAAGAAAUACGAAGAGCACUUAGAAAAGUUGCGGGAGGUACAUAGCGAGCUUCAGAAGAAAAGAGCUUAUAUUGAAGAUUUGGAGCCAAAAUACAACAGCAGCUCUCAGAAAGUUGAAGAGUUAGAAGAAGCUUUACGAAAGAAAGAUGAAGAUAUGAAACAAAUGGAAGACAGAUAUAAGAAAUAUCUGGAAAAAGCUAAAAGUGUAAUCAGAACCUUGGAUCCCAAACAGAACCAGGGAUCAGCGCCUGAAGUUCAAGCUCUUAAGAACCAGCUGCAGGAGAGGGAGAGGAUGCUGCAUUCAUUAGAGAAAGAAUAUGAGAAGACAAAAGGCCAGAGAGAUCAUGAAGAGAAGCUGAUAGUUUCUGCUUGGUACAAUAUGGGGAUGGCCCUCCAGAAGAAAGCUGCAGAGGACAGGCUCGCCAGCACUGGUUCGGGCCAGUCGUUUCUUGCACGUCAAAGGCAGGCAACCAGCGCAAGAAGGUCAUAUCCUGGGCACGUCCAGCCAGCUACAGCCAGGUAGAGAAGCUGGAGCUUAGCCUGAGGACACAUCAGCCACGCAAUCGUGUAAUUGCACAUCAUAGCAAUUCGGGAGAAAUCGUCUCAUUUUGGUGAACAUUCAGUACUGUACAGCUUCGGGAGUUUUCUGUUGCUUUGCUUAUGUUUAACUUUAUCUUUUCAAGUCAAUUGUAUUAUGGUUUCAUAUACAUUUAUAUUAUGCUAUGGAUUUAAACAGAGAUGCCAACCUUUAAGAUUUAGAUGUAUUUACCAUUAUUGGGGCCCAUUCACUUAAAAAAUGCUUCUAUGCAUUUCUAGAUUAAUAUAAUCGGCGAGUUCCACAGAUCUCUUAAGUGCUCGUAUAGCUUACCAAAUGUUAUGUAGUUCAAUAUUAGUGGUAAUCGGGGUCUGUGAAACCAGCCAAACAUGUUUAAAUAUGAUCCUUACAAAUUGGAGGCGGUGCUGUGCAGUGCAGCGAUAUGCAACAAAACACGAGUUAAAAAACAUUAAAAAGAAAAAAGCUGUUAGUUUACAAAAGUGAAGCAGAAUACUCAAGACAAAUAAAGGAGGGGAAAUAAAACAUCUUGAAGAAGGCCAAUGUUUAAAUAUAUAGAUUAAUAAAAUACAUGAAGAUACUAAGAAACACAAAUAAACCUUCAAUAUGUGUCAUACACUUUUGUGUCAGUACACUGCCCCUCAAAUGACAGAUUUCAUGUUUUGACAUUCUGUGGAAAUUAAAAUGGUGCAUCUUGCUGUUGCAAGUGAGUUUCAGUCAUGAUGGUCUAGGUGACAAAUCUGACCAACUUUGAUAAAGGGCUGGUUUUGUUGACAGCUUCUUCCAUAUGAAAAACUGCAUAAAUUACAGAUUUUACACUGGGAAUAGUCUCAAAAAGGAAUUAGAGUGAGUUAGCAUAAAAGAAUGGUGCAUUUUCAACACCUUGCAGACUAUUAACAUUGGAUCAGUUUUGCCUUUGCAGCCCAUAGUGGCUAGUCACCCUAUUGACAGAGUUAUGACAAAUGUUUCAGAUUUAUUUGACUAACACCUAUAUACCUUUGUCAUCAGAUCAGCUAAUGCAAAUAUUGAUUCCACUCGUCCACCGGCAUCUUAACCAAAAUCCAUAGCAGCACUGUGCCACUUUACUCCCCUGUCGAGUGAAUUGUCACUAUUAGUAUUGCAUUCACCUAAAACCUACUGUGCCAACCGUCAACUAAACUUUAGUAUGUGCUGUAGGCUGCUCUUUGUUGAUAAUGAUCAAAUCUGUUUGGUUUUAAUAUUGUAUCUGAAAUUAUAAUUUUAAUAUAUUUUACUAAUUUUAAAAUUAUACAAAUACAGUGACUGGACAAAAAAUAAAAACACCUUGGAUAUAUAGCACACACUUUUCUGUAAACUAGCUCUUAAUCACAUGAUGACUCACUUGUGUAACUGUCAUCCCUGACAUCUGUUCUGCAAUAUGUCAGUGCCACAUCUUCAGGUCAGUUUCAGUCACAAUGGGAUAGACAGCUGAUCCGAUAGUCUUGAGGGUAGCAGGUGCUUCCUUAUCUGAAACUGCUCAAAAAUGAAUGUUUUACAAGGAAAUGUAAGUGGGCCAUCCUGGGGAACAUUUUUCAUUGCCGAUUUCCACCCCCUGCAGUACAUCCCUGAAAGAAUAACAUGCUGGAAAUCAUUGAGGAAUGUUCAUGUAUCCUUUGUCAUGUCAAAUCACUGCCAUCCAGGCCUCCCAUUUUGGCCCAGCACGCUAACGACACUAAUGAAAGGUGUUUCAAAUGUAUUUUUGUCCAACACCUGUACAUUUUACUUCUUGUUUUUUAUUUCAAAAUGGAUUGUACUUAAAGGGUAAAAAACUUCAAGUGUCAUUGCUUUUAUUUGUUCAACUUUCCCUUACCAUUUUAUUAGGGGUACAACCAUUCCGAGUGAUGUUGCUUGAAGAUUACAUUUUAAGUUAAACCAACAUCCACAUUUUUGUACUUCCUGAUUCCAAAGACAUCACAUGAUCGGUUGCUUUCUCAACUCUUCUGGCCCCACCUUAUUCUACUAUUCCGAUUGGUUCAGCAGAGUGUAAAGGUUACCGCAUUAUAUGAUUUUUUUGGACUCAGUAGGUACAAAAGCAGCCUGCAAAUAAGAUUCCACAGGCUCUGGUAAAUUAUGAUUUGAAUUCAAUUUUGGAGCAAAAGAACUCCAAACCAGUUGGAAUAAUUGUUAACUGCAUAAAAAUGUAAGGGAUAGGUGAGAAAAUAAAUAAAAUAAGAUUUGAAGCUACCAACCCUUUUAAUAAUUGAACAUUGAUUGUUUUAAUAACUUUUUUAUUUUAUUUUCAAGCCAUGGCUGCCUAACCUUUUUACAAGGCUUAACAGUGGAUUGUAGCUUAACCCUACCUCAGCGGCUGCUUCCAGGACAGUUAAGAUCACAUUUAUUUUGUUACUCUGUAUUAUUUUAUAUUACCAGGUUAUUUCUUAACAAAAAAACAAAGCCACUUAGUAUUAACUUCAAAGUUACAUUAUGUUAUCAGUAAAACUACAAGAAGACUAACAAUUGGGCUAAAACUAAUUUUUUGAAUAUUUAUUAUUAAUAUAUUUCAAAUGGUUUAAUCAGAGAUAUCAUUAUCUCCAAACCUGAGCAAUACUUCCAUAUAUGAAUGACGGAAACUUUAGAACAAAUUAUAUUUUAUAUUGUGCAAAUAGUGAGUCCCUUUUUGAUAACCGGGGAAAGAUUACCUGGUUGCAGCAGAGAAAACACCACCUUUUGUACAUGACUUCAUACAGUAAUGGAAGCAUACAUUUGCGCUGCGGUUUUCUUCAUUUGAGACAAGGUACCCCUGAAUCCACAACAUUGUUUGUGUUUAAAAUUAAGAAAUAAGGUAGUUAGGAAGAAACAUUUUAAUGUAUUUGAAUAGCUAUGGCUUUAUAGUCAAUAAAAAAAAACGCAUCAUUUCACAAUGCCAGCAACCAAUCAAUAAAAAUUCAAAUCAAAAUCUAUCUUUGCAAAAUUGCCUUACUAUAUGCACCUGAAUAUAAAUUACACCUUUUACAUUUUUAUAUCAAUGUACACAUAAAACAGACGGAAAUCUGUGUUUCUGUUUUUGAAGAAUGAAAGGGUUUGCGCUGAUUUUAUUAUUGUUUGUUUGUUUGUUUGUUUGUUUGUUUGUUUGUUUGUUUGUUUGUAAAGGGAGGGACUUAGUGGAUCAGGGGCCACCAUUGGGCACUAAUGGGAACAGGCAGUCUCUCAAGAGAGACCAAGGAUUGGGGUGAACUAAUCUCUCUAACCUCUAACACCUUCAGGGCAGGGUAGGGAAGCACUAAAAUUCACUGUGUACACAAAAUUAUUUCACAGGAUAUGACAAAAAAAAUAGUUCUAUGUUUAAGCACGAAAAUGAGCACCAUUACAAAAAUUCACUAUACACAAAAUUAUUUCAUGGAAUAGGACAAAAAAACACAACAAUUAUAUGUUAUUUAUGGUGAGCUAUGUUAUUUUCUUUUUUCACUUUUCUUAAAACUUUCGCACUGAAAAUCACGAAUUUUACACACUUACAACCAAACAUUUAAACCAAAACCAUCAGAGAAGAUGCAAAUAGCAAAACAGUGAUGUAAAACCCCAUUACAAAAAUGAGCAUUUUCAUUACUUAAAUAUUGAAAAAAGUCUGUACGGAUUUAUAUUUAAAAUGUUUUCAUUCUAUUGCUGAAUAUUUAAAAUCUUUUUUUUUUUUUAAUUCCUUGCCAAACUGUCAAAACUGACAGUGGUGUUAUAGAAAAUGAAUUUGGCCAAUAUGAAAUACACAUUUAUAUAUUGAUGUUUUCUAGCCAAAUGUGACAAAAUGUGGUCUCUGUAUUCAGGGAAAAUUCAUGUGUAUUUGAACAAUGGUUUUCCGAAAUUCAGCAAAUUGCUACGGACAAUUGUGUGCUUCCAUUAGUUUGUCGAUUUAUUUUAUAUUGGCAUCUCUGCUUAAAAGUCCCUUGAACAAAAGCCACGGUAUAUAGUCUCAGUCUCUGCCAGCAAAUAAUUACAAUGAUUCUUCCACUUGUUUUUUGUUUAGCCCUCUCCCCUUAUGAACAUUGUGGGUAAAGGGUCACAUCAUUAUUGUUUGUCUUUGUCCUUUUGGUUUUGUGUUAUUUUUGAAAAUUCACAAUUCUAUGCAGUGAACCUUUAGCAGAAUGUGGUAGUAUACCCUAACAAGGUUUUAUAUCAACACAAAUGUACAGCAUGGUGAGCGUGUUUAUCACAAACUCUGAUUUAGAUUUUAUCAGUUUAAAUAAAUGAAGUGUCUUUGUGUAUAAAUGUGUGAUUUGUGGUUUUAAGUUGCAGCAGUAGAACAAGAUGAUUCUAAUUUUAGAUGUUUUUUUUUAUAUUAUUAUUAUUAUUAUUUGCAUGUUUAAAACAUUAUUUUCGCUUUCCAAAUGCAUAUGCAAGUAUAAUAUGAAUUUCAAUACAACAUGGAAACCAUUUUAAGAGUUGUAAGUUUGAGUCAUGUUGCCAUGUGGGCUACCAGCUAAAACCACUGAAGUAGACAGAAGGGUUUCUAUGGCUGUGUAGGUCCUUCGUGCUAAAUUUCUUGGUGGUUCCCAAGUUUAAUACUGUUGUGUUUUUGAUUAAAAUGUAUUUUUACAGA